UCUAUUUAAACUCUUCAAACUCUCCCACUUCACACUCAAAACUCAUCUACAAACUCCUCCAAAUUUCUAUUUACUAAUUUUCGUAAACGCAUCAUGGCAAGUAACUUAAUCACGAUUCUAAAGUUGGGUUUAACUGUAACACUUCUCUACGCCGUGAUAGGUGGAGGGGUGACGACAGAGGCAACCGUAACGUGCAACCAAGUGGUCUCCAAUUUGAGUCCAUGUAUUUCGUACGUGACGGGCGGAGGAUCCCCGUCAUUUAACUGUUGCAGUGGUGUGAGACAGUUGAACAAGGCAGCUCAGACAACGCCGGAUAGACAGGACGUAUGUCGGUGCUUGAAAUCAUUGAUCAAUGGCGUUACGUAUAAUGGCCAAAAUGUUGCCAAUGCUGCUGCUCUUCCGACCAAGUGUGGCGUCAAUCUUCCCUACACUAUCAACCCCAAUGCCGACUGUAGCACCAUUAAAAUGUGAGGAAAAUCAAGCAGCUACACUGCAAGACGAUGUCGUAUCGAUGGAAGAAUAAAUGGAGAGAGCAUUUUGCUAUGAACAAAUUAUGAACUUUGUUUUGAAAUAUUGUCUACUUGAAAACCCUUUGUACUUGGGUUCAUGGUUUGAAUUUAAAUUUAUAUAAAUAUGAUAGCGUUUACUUAAAA